UCUUGUCAAAACUCUCCACACAACGGCCACCAUCUCUUCAGCGGGCGUCUACCCAGAGCAUUCUGGUCUCUUCAACCCUUCCUCCUCUCCCCGCGAUAUCCUCGGCCACCUCAAGUCGUCAUCAUGAAGGGUCUCACGAAGUCGAUUAAACGAACGCCGUUCAAUGUUACGAGCAAGCUGGGAAUGUCGAAGAAAUCGAAUGACCCCGAAUUCGACGACUACCAGCGACACUUCAGCACGAUGGAGAAGGCGGUGGAGAAAUUCCUGAAGGACACCAAGUCAUUCACCGACGCGAUAAACAGCUUGUUCACGUCUGGUGCCGGGUUCGCGACGCAUUUCUCGACCCUCUUUCACCCAAUUGCGGGCGAGUAUGACCUGAUUGGGAAGCACCCUGACGCGGGGCACACGAUUCGGGCUGUGAGCAAAUAUGAAACAGCGAUGGAGGAGCUGCGGUCGGCGGUGGGACCCGAGCUUGAGUUGAUCGAGAGCAGGGUUGUGGGUCCCAUGAAGGAUUUCCAGGUCGUGAUGAAGACCAUUCGCAAGACGAUCACUAAACGGGAUCAUAAGCUUGUGGACUACGAUCGUUUCAACAACUCGUUGACCAAGCUGCGGGACAAGAAGGAGAAGUCGUUGAGUGAUGAGAAGAAUUUAUUCAAGCUUGAACAAGACUUUGAACUCGCCACUAACGAAUACGACUAUCUAAACAACGCCCUCAAGAAUGAUCUUCCGCGCUUCAUGACAUUGUCGACCCAGUUCAUCGACCCACUCUUCUCUUCGUUCUACUACAUGCAAUUAAACAUUUUCUACGUCAUCCACGAGAAAAUGAACAGCUUUGCGGAUGAGAACAAAUUCGAUAUUUCAAAUGUCCCUGGCUCGCAAAUAGCGGGCGAGUACGAGGAGAAACGGACAGAUGCGUGGAGCACUAUCGAGGAUCUGAACAUUGUGAAGCGGAUUAUUUCAACUUGCAAGUCCACCUCCUCUAUCUUCUUUAUCUCACAACUCAUGUACCUCGCAGCAAAAAUGGUCCAGGCAAACAGGGCCAACGGAGGCGGCAGUACGCUCAGUCGGUCAGCAACGACUUCGUCGGCAACUUCUUCGCUUGCCCCGCCGGGGUCACGUGGUCUCGGAAGGAUGUCAUCAACGGGUUCUUUCAAGAAAGUGCCCCCGCCAAUUCCUGGUUCUUCCUCAGCUUCCUCGAUGGCUGCUGCUGCACCACCGCCGUACACGCCUGCUGCUGCUGUUGCUGCGACUAAACGCGCACCUCCGCCGCCGCCGCCCCUCAAACCCAAACCCAAGGUUGUGCCAAGGGUUCAGUAUGUUGUGGCGUUAUACGACUACGCGGCGCAAGCAGAUGGUGACUUGUCGUUCAACACGGGCGACAGGAUAGAGGUUGUAGAGCGGGGGAAGAGCGCGGAGGACUGGUGGACGGGGAGACUGAAUGGCGUGCAGGGCGUGUUCCCAGGUAAUUAUGUGCAGGAUGCGUGA